AUAUGGUGUGAUAGCCAGAAAAUGAUCGCGGAGUGGAUAACUUGCUUGGAUAAAAGGUCCUUUGAAAGAACCGGAGAAGACUUAGAUAUAAUUUAUGCCCGCUUAAAGUCUGUUAAGGCGUUUGAGAAGGUGCAUCCGGCACUGCUGCAGCAAAUAUGCCUGUUUGGAUGUUACGAGGAGCUAGACGAAGGAGUCACUCUGUACUGCCAAGGAGACAUCGGGACUAACUGGUACACUGUAUUGUCGGGAAGCCUUGAUGUCAACGUUUCAAAUACGGGUGACCCAAAGGACGAAGUCACCAUCUGCACUUUAGGAACAGGAACGGUAUUUGGAGACUCGGUUCUGACGAACUCGCCAAGGAGAGCUACUGUAGUGACUAGUGAAUACUCUGAAUUGCUUCGAAUAUCGGCUCCCCACUUCAGAGAAAUGUGGCAAAAACAUCGUCAAUAUAUGGGUGCUUUGAUCACCGAUUCUGAACUCCAGCUCUUGACGUCCGGAAACGUAGCGCCGGUCAAUACGUUACAUAGCGAUGUGGCUGGAACUAGUAACUCGGUCUUCAACACUAUGGGCAUUACAGGUGGAAACUCUGGAAUAGGAACCUCCGGAUUGGCAGUAGGAAGUGACGCUAACUCUAUGAACAUGAUGGGUUUCAAUAAUGACAUGAAUACACUUGGAUUUCUAAAUAGUGAGCAAUUAGGCCUAAAUGAUCACAAUCGAAAUGCAACAGGCAACAACACAUUCCAUGGAAUUGGUAGUCAGCAAAAUACAAGUCAAAGUUUGGCAAGUGGACAAUUCGGUUCUAUGCCGAGAGAUUUCAAAGCACUUGCUGGUCACAACAACCGUCCUUACUUACUACAAGACCAUUCUUCUGAGAUGUCUACAAAACAGGGAAGUCAGCCAUGGGAAGCUUGGACUAGUAGACCUAGUGAGAAAAUUGCACAGGCUGGAAGAGUGCUCCGCAUUCUCAUGCUUUCCUCAUCUGGACCAGGCAUGAUACCCGGACAACCAUCACUGAUCAGAGACAGAAAACUGGGAAACAGCACUUACAGGCGAUGCGCAAUUGGAUCGGAGAUGGUAGAGUGGCUCAUAGCCCAAAACAACCAAAUCGUUCACAGUCGACAUCAAGCUACAGGGAUGUGGCAGGCACUCCUAGAAGAGGGGGUUCUGGUACAUGUCAAUCGAGACCGGGAGUUCAGAGAUGAUCCGAACUUGUACUACCGAUUUCUGGAAGAUGACAUGCCUGGAUUUGGAGGCACUAUGGCCCAAGGUUCUAUGGCUAUAGGAGCAGUAGGAGGUGCACAAUUGAUGCAGCCUACGGUGCAAGAUAAAAGGGAUGCAGAGGAGUUCCUACCAGAGAUUUUGACGUAUUUGUCACAGACGGGGCCUGAUGCUAUUUUCAGAUUGAUUCUACGUAAACCGGGACACACAAGAAGCGCUGAAGAAGUAGAGAUUCUCUAUGAUGAGCUGCUGCACAUAAAAGCCUUGAGUCAUCUCUCCACAAUGGUGAAAAGAGAACUGGCUGGCGUGAUAACUUUCGAGGCACAUCCGAAAGCAGGUUUUUUAAUGUUCAGGCAGGGUGACGAGGGUCGCAGUUGGUACAUCAUCCUGAGUGGAAGCGUAGAUGUCGUUACUGACAGAGGCGGAGUGGUGUGUACUCUGCACGAGGGAGACGACUUCGGCAAACUGGCCCUGGUCAACACUGCACCGAGAGCAGCCUCAGUCAUCGUGAAAGAGGACAACAGUCAUUUCCUCAAAGUGGACAAAGAAGACUUCCUUCGUAUUCUGCAGGAUGUAGAGAAGAACACUGUCAGACUGAAAGAAGGCGAGCAGGACGUGCUUGUGUUGGAGAAGAUAGCAGUUAAAUUGCAACAUCACAAUGGAAUAGUGUCGGCCACCAUUGGCUCAGCAGCGUCGGCAGCCGCCACUGCCUCUGGGUCCAGUCUGGGAGGCAUGCAGCAAGGUGGAUCAUCCAAUCCUAUCCAGUACAGAUACAGCAUCAUGGCAGGUACCAGUGAGAAGAUGCUGGACUACCUUCUGGAGACACGACUGGAUGCUAAUGCGGACUUAGUGGGAGACACCUUUCUGGAAGACUUCCUUUUGACAUACCCGGUGUUUCUCAGCAACUCAAAACUGACCUCGAUGCUCACCAGACAUUACACAACCCUCCCCCUUCAGUCUGCCUCCUCUAGCGGACCCUCUCAUGACUCAAUGAUGAUGGGCAGGGGAGCAGCCGGAGGCACUGAUCCGGCAGAAGGCAUGUUCCAGAAGAAGCGCAAAGUGAUCCACUUUGUGCUGAGAUGGUGUGUGAUGGCACUGCACGAGUUCACGGAGGAUCCAAGUCUCAUCUCGUUCCUCAAUGAAUUGUGCAACAGCUGUGCGAAUGAUGUUAAAACAUACCCCCUUCUGAAGAAUGAACUACACGCAUUGGAACAAGCUAAAGCUGGAAAGAUUACUUACUACGACUACCGGAAACAAAAUAGAAGUUAUGUAAUGACUCAAGGUCGAAGAAGCGAGGAGCACCAUCCUGAGAAAAGGAAAUCAAUUCGCGGACCCGAUGAAAAUAUCUUCAAAGUGUACUGCUUCGACCACACUUACACUACUCUGAGACUGCCAAUGGACACUAAGGCGGAAGUUAUUGCCACCCAGGCUGCCAGCAAACUGUGUCUUGAGGACGAGAUGCUACUCUACGAGGUCAAAUCCACUGGAGUUGCAAGGAGUACCAAAACUUGGACACGUUCUACGCGGUGGUGAUGGGACUGAACAAUGUGGCUGUGAGUAGACUGAGGGAGACCUGGGAGAAGCUGCCGAUGAAGCUGCGCAAGAUGAGUCACGAGUUCGAGAACAUGCUGGACCCGUGCCGCAACCACAGGCUGUAUCGACUGGCUUUGGGGAAGAUGAAUCCGCCAAUCAUUCCAUUCCUGCCUUUACUCAUGAAAGACAUGCUGUUCACCCAUGAGGGAAACAGAACGUACUUCGAUGGACUAGUCAACUUCGAGAAAAUGCAUAUGGUUGCGAGCACCAUCCGCCACAUACAGCAUUGUAGGAGUGAAAUUUUUAAUUUCGAGCCACCAGGAACGUCUCGAAAUAUCCAAGAGAUUCGAUCCUACGUCAGAAACCUGAAGGUUAUUGACAACCAGAGACUUCUCACGCAGCUGUCGCAUCGUCUGGAACCACGCAGUUGAACUUUUUUUAGUCACGGAACUAGUUAAUUUCUAUCUCUUCACGUGCAACACAAAACUAUGCAAUACAAUAAGCAAUUCAAAACCGGCAUUCCAAAGUUAGCAUUAUAAAAUCGGUCUGAAACCUUUCAAUCAUUCUUGCGUGCCCUCAAAUUUAAUACGGAAUUGAAUGUGUAUCUUUUUCAUUUGGAUAUGAAAAUAGUUUAGUGCAAUAGUUAAUGUAAAUCACCAUUAUUGACUUUUAAUAUUUUUAAUAAAUUUUUAUCCCAAAGUUACUGAUUGAAUUAUUUAAAAUUGUAAAAAUUUUGUAAAUAUUAAAAUCUGCAACCGUUUGUUACUAUUAGCCUGUUCUGUAAAUGAAUGCAGAUUUGAUUGAAAAUUAAAUG